AUGGCGGACAUGGUCGAUAGAGAAACCGGAGGUUACGAAGCAGAAUUUCUGAUACCGGUUCCUGAAGAAUACGAAUGUCCUAUUUGUCAGCUAGCAUUUCGCGAUCCAGUUCAAAUCGAGGAUUGUGGCCAUCGAUUUUGUCAAUCAUGUCUUCAAGAGUUAAAACGAAGGUGAGCUGCCGUUUUUCAGAAAAUCCUCUGCCGCGGUUGAUAGGUGCACGAAGGAAACUUGAAGAAAAUGAUAUUUAAAGUGACUGGAGGCUGGUUUGAUAUCAUCAGUUAAUUUCAAUCGUUUCGGUUCGAGGGAUACUGAUUUUACUUUUUCCUGAAUUUAUAACGAUGGCAUAGAAAUUUCUGUCUAUGAUGAUAAAAUUUCAUUUGUUUGGUCGUUGUCCGAAAAAAGUAAAAACCUUGUGUGUUGCGUUCUAGUGAAUUCGAGGGCCUAGAGUAUCAGAAUAAUUUUUUCCCCAUUGAUAAAACUGCAGGCAAGGAAGCCCAUGUUUAUGCCCUCUGGAUAGAAAACCAAUUUCAUCUUCCAAGGUAAUUGAAAUAACUUUUGUAUUUUCGUUAAUUUGUAUAUUGUGUUCACUUACUUCGUUACCAUAAGGUUUCGUUGUAAAUAUCGCAGUGGUUGCGUUCAUAAUAAUUAUGUACAUCUUUUCCUUUCAAAUGAAAUAUCGAAAUUUGCGUUUGUUAAGAAUUUACCCAAGAAGUAGUUGUUUAAUCGCUUAUUUUCUCUUUGACGUCUUCGGCGAGCGCCUUUUAAUGACUAGUGGUCGAUACCAUUGUCGCGCAGACAUAGCCGUCAAACAUGCAAACCGCAAAUUAAAAUUCAGAGUCAGAAUAGACAAUACAUAUAUUUCGACUUGUUGUUCCAGAUUCAAGUAAAGUUAACGAGAGUUGUAUAUAAGUACUUGAGUUUUAUAGCUGCAAUGUUAAAAAGGCAAAAGGCUGUUUGCGUCUCAUUAUCCUUUUAAAUUCUUGAAACCAUUAUCGCAAGUGUCCCCGUGUACCCGUCGUACAAAAACAUUUCAAUGCCAUUUGCUAUUGACAACAGCGAAAGCGUUGACAAAAACGGACGCGACAAGCGCUUGAUUGUACUAGAAGUGUUUUUGUUACAUACUGAGUCAUAAAGUCUUUGUAAAAUGCGGGUCAAAGUCUUGUUUGUGGUUUGAAGGAAGGCCAUUCCCUUGCUAUAAUUCAUUUCUCUUGUGCACACAGAAAGAACACCGGCUAUUACAUUUGCUUGUAUGAAAUAAUUUUAGUUCACAUCGGAGACAUCGACGACUAUUUUACCCUUUUUUUCUUUCUUUCUUGUCAGAUCUUUGUCGAUAAGGCAGCAAAGCGAGCCGUUUUAUCACUCGGAGUGAAAUGUGCUAAUUGGAAAAGAAAAUGUGAUUGGACUGGAGAUCUUAUUUAUGUUGAGGUAAGAUUAGAGAACAUUUAAAAUAUCUUCGCUUGCUUUGUUUUUGUCUUGUUUUAUUGUUGUUAUUGACUAUUUGAACCUUCUCACUAUCGAACAGCCCAAUUUCCCCAUAAGCUACAUUUGCAUCGUUGACUUUGAGAGAAAGUAUUUCCACGAAGACUUUGAAGUAUGGCGAUAGAUGAUUUGUUACACAAUCGCAUGCGGAUAUAAAUUUUCAGUUCUUCAACCAGCUCUCAUCAACCCAGCUGCAUGUCUCUGAUUCCAGAUCACGUGUCUCAGCAUUUGAGUGCUUCCUUUUACAGAUGUCAACUUUCCUCUUUUUUAAUUGUUUCGUCUUGCUGUUCGAAAGUAAUAAAAAAAAGCGAUGCUACAAAUUGCCUUUCUUUGAGCAGGAUUAGAUGGCGGGGAUUUAAUUAUUAUGAGAUGUUUUCCGGCGUCGGAAAACAUUAUUUCUAAAGAUGUACUAUUUUAAUGCGAGCGGUUUAUUGUUUUCAUUUAGAAAUGUAAUUAUUAUUUUAAUCCUAGGAUGACUGUAACAUCGGAUGAAAUUUAUCUUUCUCUCUUUCUGGUAAAAUUUGGCAAUAUGAAUAUCCCACCCAACUACGAAUUUACCUCUGCAAUAGAUUACAUCUAAAGGAAACACUGUUUACUCUUUGGAAGGUGUAAUUUUCAUUUGACAUGUCUCUUCCAAGAAUCGGUCGUCCUUUUUACUAAUUAUCAUUUUUCAGUGCAAAGCAAACACGACAUAAAAUGAAUUUAUAACAAAAGAGUUCUCAUACUUCUCCAUAUACGAGUCAUCUCAACAAUAAAUAAGCUCAAGAACUACUCCAAAAACGAGCUCAGGUAUUGCAAUUUCUCCACACGAUUUCCUUUGUUUAAACUGUGGUUUAGAUUGGGUGUUUUGAUAUAUCGGCUCAUGAAUGGUACGACCAUCUGGUCAGAGUAUUAACACAUUUGGUGUAGUCUUCGAAUUAUCCUUAUAUGUUCUGCUUCAUGAAAGGCGUCACACAGUAAAUAUUUUAUAUCGGACGCGUGUUUAAAAUCGAGCCUCGUGAUUUCAGCGUGGAGUUUUUAUUUUAAGUAUCAGUAAAUGAAAAGGCAUGUGUUUCUCUCUGCUUUUCAGUUUAUUGCUAGUAUUCUCACACGCGCUCAUUUGAAAUUUGCGCAAUUUAUCGCACAACAUAUGUCUCUGAGCAGUACCGAGAGAUCUGACACCGUAAACACUUUCAUCACUCAAAGAAUAUUUCUCAGGCUUUAAAGCAUGAGGUCGUUUUGUAAUGCCAACAUCUUUUCGUGCUUCAGUACUCUUUGUUACCGACAGCUGAAUCUUCUUUUUCGUUGACUGUCGAUUGAUAGUAUUUUCGAGUAACUGGCCAGUCCUUGUAAAAGCUCCUUUAACAAUGCUUCAUUUGCACCACGAGCAAAUAUUGGUAAGUCCCCUUCAAGCACAUUACCUUUUUUUAAUUCAUGUUAACAAAUUCUAAAUCCCAGACAAAACAUAUCUGAUUUUUUUUUUAUUUAAACGUUAGUUUUAAAAUAACUGUAAUUUCUUGUCCGAACAAUUUUUAAUUUGAACGAUGGAGCCUUAAUUUAGCUGAAAAUUUCGUUGUCAGAUUAACAAAAUGUCCGUCGUAAUUUUCUGGAAAGACAAACCAGAACUGUUUUUAAACCUUGCUUCCUCCAAGGCCUUUGAUGACUGAUUUUAGAUCUGUUUAUUGUGCGGAUCAAUUUAUGUUUCAUGAUUCUUAUUUGAAAUAGGAUUUGUUUUUUCACUUAUUGCGAUCAGCUUUCUGCACAGGAAACAGCAGCAGCAGCAACGACAAACAACUAAUUAAUGUUUGCUCUGUUGGUAACUGCGUCCAGCUGGUAUCUGAGAAGUCUAGGCCUAAGUUUUCAAACUUUGCGUCAUUUACAAUUUACAUACGAUUUCAAUCAGCUCAACUGACCCACUGACUCACCAAAUGCCCGGCCAACGUACCCAUCCACUGCCUGACCAACCGACCGAAUUUAGAAUAAAUAGAAUUCCGUGAAUAUUUUCCUGUAGGAGCACAUGAAAAACUGUGCGUACGAAGAUGUCCAUUGUACAAACGUGGAAUGUAAUGAACUCAUGCCUCGCCGAACGCUUCAGUAUCAUCUGGUGUCAAAGUGCCGUUGGAGGGUGGUGUCGUGCCAGUUUUGUUCAGAGAUGUAUACCUACAAGGAUAGCAAGGUAGGUAUGACUUGUCGCUUUUUUUGUUGAAACGAUCACACGCAUGCGCCAUUCUUCGCGUGCCAUGAACUCGAAACCUGUAUCAACAAUAGUAGGGUUUGCGCAGACAGUAUAGCCUGGGCUCUACUGAUGGAGAUGUGCUUGCCACUUGGCAUCAUUUCCUUGUCUGGUUAUACAAAAACUACUCACUGAUUUUCUUCCUCCUGUAUAUUCGCUUUGGCUCCUGUUUUGAGCCAGAUUUUCCAAUUUUAAGAGGCAUGUAAUUCACUUUGGAAUAUGAGAAGUUCACAGCUUGGGUGAGGCCGCUUCCUUGGCAAGACAUUUUCUAGAUAGUGGCUCUUUCAUUAUAGUUUCAUAAAUGGUGGAAAGGGGUUUUACAGCACGAAACUGUUAGGGCGUGACUUUGAGCCCAGGCACACUUAAAAAACACUGAAAGAAUGUUGUGUUGCUUGAUCACGAUGUAAAACGAAGAAUCGAGGAAUUUUUUUCAUUUGAGACCCGAACUGAUUGCGGAGCAUUGCUAAUGUAAAGUUCUAAAACCAACCUGUGGCAGGCUUUCAGUGGGAAGAGACGAUUGCGAAAAGGGUUGUGGGAAAUAAGCUGAGCAUUUGAGGAAGAAACAAAAUAGAUCCUCAUCCCCCACUGGCUUUGCUUUUCUUUCACCUGCUUUUUCAUCGUCUUCUUGGACGCAAUCAGAGCCUGGAACAAGCUAGUAGAAACAGAGAGAAAAGUUGUUUAGAAAACGUCAUUUUUCUCUCUUACUUUCUAUUUCCGGAAAAUAAUAGAUUCACAUGAAAGUAUGCAAGCGAAUCCCUUUGGAGUGCGUCAACAAGUGUGGAACUAAAGAGAUUCCUCGAGAGGAAGUGAGUUGCAGCAAAUAUUGUGGAAGGCAAGAUGAAUGAAUGGAAUAAUUUUCAUAAUUAGUUUGAGACCAUCUAGUUUCUGAAAUAUGGAAUUUUGUGGAGGACCUUAACGAAUUAUACAUCUCUUUCCAGAGUAUUCAAUCUACAUGCUAAUUCAGAAUUGUUCGUCAGGGAGACCACGAAGCUAUUCACCUGGUUAUGGGUAGAAAACAGUACAGAUAAUUGUGUGUGGAUGUCAAAUUCGUCUCCCCAAUCCGAAGCUGGGAUUGGCCCGACAAGUCCGAACGACUAAUGUUUAGCCUGUAUAACAAUCGUUGAGGAAGGGGAAAGGGGGAGGGCUGGGUCUGAAAGUUGAGUUUUGGCUCAGUCCUUUGAGGGAGGGGGAAGGGAAGGAGGAAGGGGGGAGGGGAGGGUGUAUUUCAACGUUUAAUUAAUCGUGCGAAGAUCGAAACAUAGGCUCUAGCUCUACUGAGGAGUUCCAUAAAUCAUCAACACUUUUUAUGUCAUGGGGUAAAUAAGUUAUGUCGUUUUUUGGUUAGCGUUUAUUCAAGGGACAGCGUCCUUGAAUUCCUAGGUGGAACGAAACAGCGACUUUAGUAACCAUCGUCGUGGAAAAGAAUUAUCUGAAGUUUGACUUGUCGCCUCUUUUAUAUCCUAUAGAUGUCUUUUCAUUUGACUGAGUGUCCGCUGGCAAUCCAUCCAUGUCCUUAUCAAGACAUUGGUUGCGUAUUUAAGGUUGGUGUUCUUUGGUAGUAUGGUUUUGUUUCUUUUGUUUUUUUUUUUUGACAUUCAGUAACGUGUUAUGUAAUAGUAAAUUAGCUGCAUUCAGUAACGUGUGCGGCAGACGUCGAGAUGUAUUGUAAAAUGCAACUUGAAGAGGCACAUUUCUCCUACGCAAACUUAAACAAAACCAUCAAUCCUGAGCUAGACUAAAAAAUCUGGCCUUAUACUCUAUGUACUUGGCGCUAAGACGAUAGCCUGCAAGUAACCCCUCAUUAUUGGUGCUGCAGCUGCAGGAGGCGCGUUUCUUCGCCCGCGAGAAGAUUGGAGACGAGUCGGGGAGAGGUUUGCCGGAGGGUCUGGCACUAAUAAUCAGUUUUAGACACCUUACUCAAACCUAUCGUCGGCUCACGUUCUUUAAGCUCAGUUCCUGCGGGCGAAGAAACGCUAGACCCGAAGCACUUAUAAUAACUACCUGCUUACAGGCUUACCAAGAGCCCAUUACUUGGGCUCCUGUGGCUAUCAAGACGAUGGGUGAAGGUGAAGACCAGAGUAUGAUCACAACCUACUUGGGGAAGGGGCGCGGUCGAGCGGUUUACGGCACUAAAUUUGAAAUCUAAAUGUCCCAGGUCAAAAUCAGCGCUACUCUGCGACCCAAUUCUUUGCGCGAUUUUCCCAAGUUCAGCUCCUCCUGUGCGUUACGCAAAGAGCCAACUGGUUUACCCCUGGCCCGAUCAGAUAUUGAACAAUUUCGUUCUUCUUACUGCUUUUGGUAAUGUGCCUUGAGGGGCUUCUACAACCAUCAGCAUAGAAAUUAUUGAUAAAUCGGUGAAAAUUUUAUUAUUUAUCAUCUGAUUUGGUCUUAGUUAUUAGUUUAUCAUUUUAACUUGACCUUUCUUAAUCAAGAAAGCAAGUUAUUGUUUAUCUGUCUGUUCUUUCAGGGAAAACGCGACAUUCUUGAAGACCAUUCUAAGACUGCGGUUCACACACAUCUGAGCUUAGCUCUUCUUAAAAUUCGUGAAAAUGAGAGCCGAAGUACUUGUACAAACGGCGUCUUCAUCUGGAAAAUCAGCAAUUAUAAACAACAGUAUGAACACGCUGUUGCUUCACCUGAAGACCUGGCUAUCUUCAGCCCACCAUUUUACUCAUGCCAAUACGGAUACAAACUGAGAUUAAAAGCCUAUCUCCAAGGCCGUGAUCGCGGCAAAUCAACGCAUUUAUCAUUGUACAUUAUCAUAAUGAAGGGAGAUUAUGAUGCGUUACUUGAGUGGCCCUUUAAGCAGAAGAUAACUUUUUAUCUCAUCGAUCAAGGCGAGCAGAAAGCGCAUCGUACACAUCAGCUCAGCCCGAAUCGAUCACUACCUAACAUUAAAGUUGUGUUUAAUCGACCUACUAUGAAAGAAAACCUCGGCAUUGGUAACCCUUGUUUUGUACCACACGAAAUGCUUGAGUCUGGCGAGUUUAUCAAGGACGAUGCUAUCUUUAUCAAAGCAGUUGUUGAGCCAUCAAAAGCAACUACUUAACUUGUUUAAUUUAGGUAAAAACUCGGGGUUAACGUAACUUAAUCCUAAUUAAUCCUUGUUCUUUGUUCAGUGUGUAGCCACAAUUGGCAAGAUUAUAUAUUAACUGAAAAAGUACAAUCUUGGAAAAAGUGUUGUGGCACGUUCCUAAACUUAGAGUUCAAGUUCACCCACCCGUUCUCAAUGCACCUCGCAGAGUUGAUUUGGGCCAGCGAGGCUUUUACGUAAAUGAUGUUUUCCAGAAAGCGAGUGUAAGGAAGGACAAAAGGGGGCGGGUCCUGUUCAACAAAAUUCUUGUCAGUGAAAAUUACUAAUAACAUGCAUAUUUCUCUGCAAUGUGGUAAAGCUACUGAAUUUUAUGAAAACAAAUUCCGACGAAAUCAAAACAAAUUUACUGAUGAGACGAUCGAUCACCCUGGAUGAAAAAGCUCACUAAUGCGGCGCAGAUGAGCUUCAGGUUAACUACUACAUAAAUCCAACGUUUGUGAAAAAUAAAUAAAGAGAGCAAGAAAGAAAUGAUAGUGUUAUUACCGGUCCGUUGGGGAAACUAUCGGCAUUCAUGUAGGAAUUCUGCUUUUAACAUUAGAGAUUACAUGUAGUGAUGAGGAGUUGAGCCGUGCCGGCUUACUUCAAAAACUAAUUUUUUAGAAUACAAUUACAUGGUCUGCUAACUUUUUGUGAUAUUGGAGAAGAUCGUUAUCACUUCAACCAAAGAUCUUCCACUUAUUGUUUGUAAGCAAUGAUUUAAAAUUGAAAA